CUUGUGAUUUGUGAAGGCAUAAAGCAAACACAGUUAAAAUUACUAAUCUGUUGUUCCAGUUCCAAAUAAUAAAACACAAUGAGUUUCGGUCUUCCUUCGGUCAAGGUAAAGCCAGACUUUGAAAACAAUGUACCACUACACGAAGGAGCAUUUGGUGUCCCCAGUCCAAUGGUGGCUGGAAUUGCAUGUACCAAAAAUAAGUUAGCAGUAGCUCAUCCACUACAAGUAUCGGAGAAAAAUUAUCACUUAAAUGAAGAAAAAAUGAAUAUGGCAAUGCUUCGAAACAUUCAAGGACUUCAUGCCCCACUCAAAUUGUCAAUGGAGAAAAAGUUUUCCAGCAAGGUUGGUCGCUUGCCUUUCCUCCCAAGCUCAAACUUUCAGCAGAACGUCCUGACUGGAAGGUAUUUGGAUAUCGGCUUUGAAGAUAUCCUAAACACUCCAGAGAUGUGUGAAGUGGCCGGCCAACCCCAUGCCGUGGUGGAAAGAUCUUUAGGUUUAUUGUAACACCUAACAUAGUGUAACAACAAAUUAUUCUCUAUCAAUUUUUAAAUAAACACAUAAAAGUAA